UCAACCCCGUAUAACAAACAAUUUCUCCCCUGCGAGGAUCCCAAUAGCCGACCUAGAAGAUUUGAACUUAACAUGUACUGGUGUCUCAUAUUCGGAUCCAACACCAACAUGGAAGAAAGAUGGAAAACAUGUGUCAGUAAACACUAGUAUAUCCAUAGAAAAUGGCCAGACAUCUACAGGUAUUCCUACCAGCACAUUGAUCUGGAGAAAGGUUCCUCUGGAAGCAAGUGGAAUGUAUACAUGUCAGUUUGCUGGGGUUGGAGAAGACACAGAAGAAAUAUAUAUAAUGAAAGCGGAAACUGUCAAUGUUCAAGUGUCUCCAUUUUCUGCGGUAAACCUGACUUGCACUGUUUUUAAUUGGCAGCUGUAUGAAGGUCCUCAGUUUUACAAGAAUAAUACUCUUCUGGAUGCAAAUAACAACAACUAUGAGCAGUCAGAUGAAAUAACCACUUUGAACAGAGGCAUAAGCCAGGGGAAAGUUCAUUCUUUCAAGAUUCUGAAUGCCACUAAAUAUGAUGGUGGUAAAUACACAUGUAUGGUAACAGUGAGAUAUGGUAAAAACAAUGGAAAUACUGAGCAUCUUAGAAGUGACUUCAUUUUAACUGUGUCUGAGUCUUCAGAUGUCACAAGAGGUGGUGGAAUAAGUUGGCAAAAGAUGCACAUUACCGGUUUCUUCAUAAUCUCACUGCUGUCUCAAGCACUAGGAUAUUUGAUUUUGUAAUGUAACAGCUACAUGUACGUAUGCAUGUUUGCAUGUAUGUUUCUUUGCUUUUUUUUUUAAUCCUGCAAAGCAGUAUCAAGAUAUGAGUGGAGAGUGGUGGAAUUCAUUUUAGUUAGAACUGUUUCUCCCCCUCCCCCUCUUUUUGUUAUAUAAUGGUGUAUACCUGAUGUCACAGUUGUACUUUCACACCAAAAGUGGUCAUUAUGUUAAUUGACACUUUUGAGAAUACUGGUAAUUUUCAUUGUAAACCUGCCACA